UUUUUUUUCUUCCCCUGUGCAGAAUGGACAACCAAAGUGGAAGAUCAUGGCCUGAGUUAAACUCUUUAUUGAGGACUACCUACCCAAAGAUGCUCCAGCUUGAAGACAGGUGGUUAAUAUAUAAACCUGCAGGUGGAAAUGGAAGGAGAAAAAUCUUUCCAGUUGCAUUAGAGUCAGAGGGAUACACUGGAUCCAUCAUCAAAAGAGCAUCAAGUGGAGGGAAAUGUUUGCUUUACAUAGUACCCCUCCAAGAUGACUUGGAUUUAACACCCCUACCAGCAGAUUCUAUUGAAUUCUCUCUAAUGCCAAAAGCAUCAUGCAAGUUUUGCAAGGCUUCAAUGCCAUUGCAGAUGCUGGCUAUGCACAUUGCUAAAUGCAGCAGUGACCCAUGUAGCUCAGACAGUGAGGAGGCUGAUGUGAUGUACAUAGAACAGACUGCUUCAGACUGUUCUACCACAGGAGAGGGUGGCCUCUCAGAAUCUCUACAGUCCACAGUACAUCAUUCUCAGCAGAUGGAUGAAGYCCAAUGUCCUGUGUGCACCAAAUCAUUUCCACUGUUAGAUGUUGAAAUGCAUGCCAGCCUCUGUGGUGAAAGAACAAAUCUGUAUCCAAAUCAAUCCGGGGAAGACGACACCAUUCUGGAUCAUAUUUCAUGUGAGGAAGAUGUUGUUCGCUGGGCAGCAGCACAGAUUGACACAAGCAAAACCUUUCAAAUCUGUGUUUCGCGAGAUGAUGUGGUUGAAAGGGGAUUGAAACUUUGGCAGCGCCAGAAAAAUGGUGGACCAGUGAACCCUUUGAAAGUGUCCUUCCUUGGAGAACUUGGCGUGGACACUGGCGCACUUAAAAAGGAGUUUCUCACAACCAUGGUUGCUGGACUUGAGAAGAGACUGUUCGAGGGUGACAGCGAGAAUGGAAAAAUACCAAAAUACUCUCUCAAUGACCUGGAUAAAGCACUGUUCAAAGUUGCAGGGGAAAUAUUUGCUGUCAGUAUUGCCCAAGGGGGACCAGCACCACAGUUUCUUCAGGAGUGGUGCUACAACUAUAUCGUCACCAGAAAACUUCAGACUGAAGGAGUACAUGACAUGGAGCUGUCACCAUUAAUGACAAAGAUCGAAGGUGCAUCUGAUCUCUCUCCUUACACUCAUGAGAUACUGGAUUGUGGCUACACUGGUCCUAUUGAUACAGACCAUAAAACCAGCAUAUUGAGGGCCAUCUUGCUGCAUUCAACCACAAAACGCAUUCCAAUGCUAGAACAGAUGCGAGAGGGCCUUGAAGUCUACAACUUAAUGAAAGUCAUGGAGAGAAAGCCAAAGGAGUGUCGCAGUUUAUUUGUUGUAGGCCAUAAUGACAAGGUUGACUCCAACUACRUCAUGUCGCACAUUGCCCCAGAACUGAGUUCCCAAGGUUCAACAAAGCAGGCAAAGGAGUUAAAAGUCUUGGAUUACCUCCAAGACUACUUGAAUGAACUUGAAG